AUGGCAGCCACCGCUUCAAAAAUCCCUUUCUCUUCAUCUUCUUCAUACUCCACUCUUCCAAAACGCAAUGUCAGAUUCACCCUCCCUCUUUCUCCUAUUCUCAACAAAUCCACUCGUCUCCGUUCCUUCCCCUUCCGAGUCUCAUGCUCCCUCUCCGACCCAUCCGCCGCCGCAGCCACCGCCGCUGUCGUAGAGUCUUUCGUUUCGCGGUUUCCCGCCGGCGAGCCCAGAAAGGGUGCGGACAUCCUUGUUGAAGCCCUAGAGCGACAGGGAGUGACCAAUGUCUUCGCAUAUCCCGGUGGCGCGUCAAUGGAGAUCCAUCAAGCCCUCACGCGCUCACACACCAUCCACAACACCCUCCCACGCCACGAACAGGGUGGGGUUUUCGCCGCCGAGGGCUACGCCCGCUCCUCCGGGCUCCCCGGCGUCUGCAUUGCCACCUCCGGCCCCGGCGCCACCAACCUGGUUAGCGGCUUAGCCGAUGCAAUGAUGGAUAGUGUGCCUCUCAUCGCCAUUACAGGACAAGUCCCUCGCAGAAUGAUAGGCACUGAUGCAUUCCAAGAAACCCCUAUUGUUGAGGUGACUAGAUCCAUCACUAAGCAUAACUAUCUUGUUCUUGAUGUAGACGACAUUCCUAGGGUUGUUAAAGAGGCAUUUUUAAUAGCAACUUCUGGAAGACCUGGACCUGUUCUCAUUGAUGUGCCUAAGGAUGUUCAACAAGAGCUUGCUGUUCCUAAUUGGGACCAACCCAUUAAGCUUGCUGGGUACUUUUCUAGGCUGCCCAAGAUUCCCAGUGAAGCCCUUUUGGAACAGACUGUGAGGUUGAUAUUGGAAUCCAAGAAACCUGUUUUGUAUGUUGGGGGUGGUUGUUUGAAUUCGAGUGUUGAGUUGACGCGGUUUGUGGAGCUUACUGGUAUUCCUGUGGCUAGUACUUUGAUGGGUCUUGGGGCAUACCCCUCUGCGGAUCAACAUUCACUUCAGAUGUUGGGUAUGCAUGGUACUGUUUAUGCUAACUAUGCUGUUGAUAAGAGUGAUUUGUUGCUUGCAUUUGGGGUCAGGUUUGAUGACCGUGUCACUGGGAAGCUGGAGGCUUUUGCCAGUAGGGCUAAGAUUGUUCAUAUAGAUAUUGAUUCUGCUGAGAUUGGGAAGAACAAGCAACCCCACGUGUCGGUUUGUGCGGAUGUGAAGUUGGCCUUGGAAGGCAUUAAUCGGAUUUUGGAGUGCAAGGGGAUCAAGAGUAAUCUUGAUAUUCAAGCUUGGAGGGAAGAGCUGAAUGUGCAGAAAAAGAAAUUCCCCUUGAGUUACAAGACAUUUGAGGAUGGUAUUUCCCCUCAGUGUGCUAUUCAGGUUCUUGAUGAACUCACAGACGGAAAUGCAAUAAUUAGUACUGGAGUUGGACAACACCAGAUGUGGGCAGCUCAGUAUUACAAGUAUAAGAGACCUAGACAGUGGUUAACAUCAGGGGGUCUUGGAGCUAUGGGUUUUGGAUUGCCUGCUGCUAUUGGUGCUGCUGUUGCUAACCCUCAUGCAAUUGUAGUUGAUAUUGAUGGAGAUGGUAGUUUCAUUAUGAAUGUACAAGAGCUAGCCACUAUAAGAGUGGAGAAUCUCCCCAUCAAGAUCUUGUUGUUGAAUAAUCAACACUUGGGCAUGGUUGUUCAGUGGGAGGAUCGAUUCUACAAAUCAAAUAGAGGUCACACGUAUCUAGGAGACCCAUCUAAUGCGACAGAGAUUUUCCCAGACAUGUUGAAGUUCGCAGAUGCAUGUGGGAUACCAGCAGCUCGUGUGACAAAGAAGGAAGAACUUAGAGGAGCAAUACAGAAAAUGUUGGACACACCUGGGCCCUACCUUCUUGAUGUUAUUGUACCCCAUCAGGAGCAUGUCUUGCCAAUGAUUCCGAGUAAUGGAUCCUUCAAGGAUGUGAUAACUGAGGGUGAUGGCAGAACUAGUUACUGAUUGACUUGACCAAAUUUUCCUUGAUGGUUGUUUUGUACAAUAUAUAAUGUUAUAGUCGCAGGAUUUGACAUGUGGUGAGAUCCUAGUUUGGUAGCAAGACCAUGUAUUUUUCUUUUCUUCGAUCAAUGUCUAUUGUCAUCUUACUCUGCAGUAUGAUAUCUCAUGUUGUACAAUUGGU